AUGAAUGUAAUUUCAACAUUUACAUCCUUAAUCAGUGAUCAAUGGCAACUAUUGAGAUUUGGUGGUUCAUCAAGCCAAGAUGUUCCUUAUAAGGGAAUGCAAAGAAUUCUCAAUAAUGCCACAAAUCAUACUCCUUUCUAUGAUCCUUUAACUCCACCAAUCUAUCUUGAUGAAAGCGCUCAUAGUUUUUCAUUUGAACAACAAAUAUAUUUAGCAAUUGCUCUCUUACGAAGAAUGACACGAAUGAUGGAACUUGGUAUAUGGCCAACAUUAAAAGAUGGCAUUAACGAAUUAUGGCAGAUUGGUCCAUUCGAAGCAUAUGAAUUUUUCUAUCAUCCAGCUGGUCAAUAUAUAAUUCCUGAUAUUCAAGCACAAAUUUUUGUUAUAGAAUCGCCAAUAAUGUUUGUUGCAAUAAUAUUAAUAAUUGUUGCUUUUCUUUUCACAAUCAUUUCUUUGGUUAUGGUUCAGGGCGAAGAAAGAAUAAUGAGAUUUGCAUUAAUAAAUUUACUAAGAUGCAAUCCAAUUCAACUUUUCCAGAAUAAGAGGAUUAUGGAUGUGUUGUCGGGAAAUUAUAGAAAGAAGAAAGAUGAUGAAAAUGAAAAGGAUAUGAUAUUUAACAACAAGGUUGUUAAUAAACUCAAUGAUAUAGUUAUUGUUGUCAAUGAAGAAAGCAAUAAAAUAAUCGGCGUAAAUAAAGCUUUCGAAGGUAUGUUCAAUAUCAAAGAAGAGGAUAUUGUUUCUACAAUCAUUGAUGAAUUCUUUACAGAAGAAAGAUUUAAAUGUGAGGGCAAAGUUGAGAAAGUUUUAACAGCACAAACUUUAUUGAUAUAUAAGGAUUCAAAAGGUAAUAAAGUCUAUUUGGAUUUCACAAAUCAAAGUGUUGCAGGAAGAACAAUUUUCAGUGGAAGAAAUCAAACUGAAACCCUGAUGCAUGAAAAGAUGAUUGCUGAUGAAAAGAAGAGGUCGGAUUCCAUGUUAGCUUCAAUAUUACCCCCAAGUUUGGUACCAAGAGUUCAAGCAGAGGAAAAGAAUAUAUCGUUCGCUAUCAAGUCUGUUACAGUUUUGUUCUUGGAUGUUGUCGAGUUUACACCAUGGUGUGGAAGCCAUGAUGCACAAUAUGUGAUGCGAAUGCUGAACAUUAUGUUCAAAGAGUAUGAUAUGAUCACUAAUGCUCAUAAGACAAUGACUAAGAUCAAAUGUAUAGGUGACUGUUACAUGGCAGCCGGAGGUAUCUUCGAUGAAGUCAAUCAACCUUCCGUUCAUGCUAAAGAAGUUGUAGAUUUUGGAUGUUGUGUCAUCAAAAAACUUCUUGAAAUCGACGAAAUAGAAAAUGAAAAACUUCGAAUCCGAGUUGGUAUCAAUACAGGAGGUCCAAUCAUUGCAGGUGUUAUUGGAACAGAAAAACCUACAUUUGAAAUACUUGGCCCUGCCAUCAACAUCGCCCAUGAGAUGGAGAGCAAAGGUGUUCCAAUGAAAGUUCAUAUCAGCAGACCUGUUUAUGAACUUAUUUAUGGUCAAAACUUCGUCAUCAAAGAACGAGGAGAGAUCGAAAUCAAAGGUGAAAAAAUGUUUACAUAUAUUGUUGAUCCAUAA